AUGACGAUUACUGUGGGUGUCCUCGCCUUGCAGGGCGCGUUUUACGAGCACAUCCAGCUGCUGAAGGUAGCCGCGGAAAAGCUGAGGGGCAGCAAGACGUACGCCAAACAACAGUGGGAGUUCAUCGAGGUCCGCACGGCAGCUGAGCUGGCGAGAUGCGACGGGCUGAUUAUCCCUGGUGGUGAGAGCACUGCCAUGGCCUUGGUGGCUGCCCGCUCAAACCUGCUGGAGCCACUGAGAGACUUUGUCAAACUCCAUAGGAAGCCUACCUGGGGUACCUGCGCCGGAUUGAUCCUGCUCGCUGAAUCGGCAAACCGGACAAAGCGUGGUGGCCAAGAUCUCAUUGGCGGAUUGGAUGUUCGAGUCAACAGGAACCAUUUCGGAAGGCAGACCGAGAGCUUUUAUGCGCCAUUGGAUUUGCCGUUCUUGCCGGGUGAUGCUGGACCAUUCCGAGCGGUGUUUAUUCGUGCUCCUGUGGUCGAGAAGGUUCUUUCGGCCAAGGAUGGGAUCCAGGACGAGGAACUUGCCAUAGAUGGCACCGUGGUGGCCCCCUCGAGGAAGCCAGAGAGUGAAGUUGCUCGUAAAGCCAUGGCCAAUAAAGUCGAGAUCCUGGGCAAGUUACCCGCCAAGGCUGACGGCAGCGGCGAGCCGGGUGAUAUCGUGGCUGUAAAGCAGGGGAAUGUGUUUGGUACUAGCUUCCACCCAGAGUUGACGGACGACGCUAGGAUUCACAUGUGGUGGCUCUGUCAAGUCAGUGAGGCAGCAAAGCUACAGAAAGCAGAAGUGGUCGUUCGAUAG